CUCGUGAUAGUUGUUGUUGCUAAUUAAAACUAAAAUGGAGAGCGUUGACAUUAGCAGUUUCAAGAGUAGGGAAUGCGAACACUUUACGGAUGAAAAUGAUUCAUUGCUGAAGUUUAUUGCUCCGGCGACAUUACUGCUGGUCGGCCAGAGUAACUCUGGUAAGACGUCCUACAUGCGGAAAUUGGUCGAGAUGGGAGAUAGGAUGUUUACAAUCCCGCCUUCGAAAUACAUAUGGCUUUACAACAUGUACCAAGACUUGUAUGACGAGAUCGGGAAUUCCGUGCCAAACGUUCAAUUUGAACAGGGUCUGCCCACAAGGGCGGACAUACAGCAGUGGGCUGAAACAGAACGACACCUUGUGCUUAUACUGGACGACCUUUAUCACCUGUUGAUCAACUCUAGGGACAUACUGGAUUUGUUCGUUUUAUUCUGUCAUCAUCUGACGGUAACGGUAAUCAUAAGUUGUCAUAAUAUAUUUAUGAAUUCAAAGUACGCGAAAACGAUGACCACAAACUUGCAUUACAUUUUGCUAUUUAGACUGCAAAAUCGCUUGCAGCUAUCUACGCUAGGCACACAAUUGUUCGUUCACAGUAAGAAGUCAAAACACUUCCUUGGCGUCUAUGACGACGUCAUGGCAACGGAUCAAUACAGCCCUUUGAUCAUUGAUCUCAGUCCACAAACCAAACAUUCGGAUUAUAAACUACAGUCAAACAUUUUACCUGGACAACUACCUGUGAUAUACGAACUGGAGUAG